AUGGCGACGGAAUUGACUGUUCAGUCGGAGCGUGCUUUCCAGAAGCAGCCCCAUAUCUUCCAGAACUCCAAGGUCAAGGCUAAGUCCACAAGACCCGGCAAGGGUGGCCGACGAUGGUUCAAGGAUGUCGGUCUAGGCUUCCGAACCCCCAAGACCGCGAUUGACGGUAGCUAUAUCGACAAGAAGUGCCCCUUCACCGGUCUCGUCUCUAUCCGUGGCCGUAUCCUGACCGGCACCGUUGUCUCCACCAAGAUGCACCGAACCGUCAUCAUCCGACGCGAGUACCUUAAGUUUAUCCCCAAGUAUGCCCGAUACGAGAAGCGACACAAGAACUUGGCCGCGCACGUCUCUCCCGCUUUCCGUGUUGAGGAAGGUGACCAAGUCACAGUCGGCCAAUGCCGACCUCUUAGCAAGACUGUCCGAUUCAACGUUCUUCGUGUGCUUCCCCGAACCGGCAAGGCGGUGAAGAAGUUCAGCAAGUUCUAA